UGGGAGGUGGAGGAGGAGGAAGAAGAGGAGGAAGAGGAGGAGGAGGAGGCUGCCAUGGAGAGCAGCAUGAAGCAGGUGGUGGUGGAGGAAGAAGAGGACUCGGAGCAGGCGUGCUGCUGCCCAGGCUGCUGCUUGUCCUGCAACAUAUGCUGUGCCAAGUGCUGUGCCAAGUGUGUCCGGUGCUGCUGCCUGCCCAAGUGCUGCAAGUGCCCCAAGCUUCCCGGCUGCUGCGGCUGCUCCGGCUGUUUCAGCUGCCUCAAGAAGUCCCUGUGCUUCGUCCCUCGCCUGCUGUGUUACCUGCCCCGCAAGCUGCUGGGCUGCCACCACCUGCGGUGCCUCCUCAUCGUGGUGGUGGUGGUGGUGCUGCUCGUGGUCAUCAUCGCCGGCGUCCUGCUCAUGUGGCUGCACGUCGACCAGAGCCACGCCGACACCGUGCUGCGGAUGGGUUUGUGGGGAGGGUCGGCCCGGGAGGAGGACGCUGCCACCUUCUACCUGGACAGCGGGGAUGGGAACGGGGCCACCGUCAUCUAUGACUACAGGAAUCUGCUGGUGAGCUACAGAUCCCGCCUGCACCGCACCUGCUUCGUCACCCGCGUGGACAAGGACAACAUCCCGGGGCUGGACGCGGUGGCCGAGACCUUCCAGCGCCGGCAGGACGAGCAGAGGAUCUCCCUGCCCCUGGCCGACCGCUCCCUCCUGGGCACCACGGCGAGCAUCCUCUGCAGCGCCCUCCCCGUCUACUGGGCUUAGCCCCGCUGGGUGAGCGGGAAGGGUGGGCAGGGGGCGAUGGGGGACCCGCACCCACCCACCAGCGCCCUCACAGCGCCCGCUUUGCCUUGCAGCACCCCCCGACAGGCACAGCGCUGCCGCAGCCCCUCUGUGGAAGCAUCAGCGACAUCCCUCCCCCCCCCCUCCCCGCCCUGCCCACCCCGAUUUUGGGGCGCGGGGGUGGGCAGGGGGUCGGGGGGUUCAGCGUUGGAGGGGCG